AUGGCGAGCACGAUGGAGGCGGCGCAGGCGGUGCUGGCGGCGUUCGACACGUCGCUGUCGCGGCAGUGGCGCGACGAGGACCGCCGCUGGCGCGCGGAGGACCGCCAGUGGCGCGCGGACGACCUGUCGUUCCGCGAGGAAGAGCGGAGAUGGUUCGGGGAAGAGGCGGAAAUGCGGAGCGCGGAAAUCAGGUGGGGGAAGGGGGAGCGGGGGAUUCGGAAGACGAUUGUCGAGAAGAACCAGUUUGUGGAGAAGAACCGGCGAGACGUGGAGGAGAAGUCGGAGCAGCUCAAGGCGAUCUCGAACCUGGCAGCUCUUUUCGCUGGCUUCGCUGUAGUCACACUCACCCAGUUCCAAGUCACCCUCGAAGAUUCCCCCCUGUGGAAUAUCGCUCUAUACGGCAUCCUCACUGCCAUCUCGGUCUGCCUACACACGGUGGCCAUGGUGCAGUGCACGCUCAUCAUGGGAAGCAUCUUGAAGAAUGGCAAGGCCUACGUUGAUGAGGAGGCCGAGGAGCACUUCAUGUUCCGCUGCUUGCUUUUUGUGCGCUCUUUCUCGCUCGGAGAUCGCCCUCCCGCCCCCCGACGCACGUUCGAAGCCUUCUGGGAGUACAGGUGUGAAGAUGACUGGCGCAAGGCAUUCAACUACUUCACAUGGGCAUGCAACUACUUCACAUGGGGAAUCUUUUCGUUCCUUCUCAGCCUCAUUCCUAUCGGGUGGAUUAAGUUCAACUUCUCAACUUUCAUCCCAGCAGCGUUCACCGCCAUUGUCAUCUGCUCCAUGGUCCUCUGGGCCUAUCAGCAGCUGUCAUGGGGCGCCUAUCUCACCAAGGGCCGCCGCCAGUUCGACUCGCUUCUCUCCGAAGCUGAGGCCUUCCGAGUGCGCCCAUCGGGUCUCCCGUUUGACUGGCACAUCGCGCCGGAAGCUUCCCGGAAACGCAGCUCCUCGCGGAAAAGCGGGGGAGGUCAGAGUGGGAGAGAGGGAGGUUCGAGCGAUGCUGCCUCGACGGCUUUCACAGACGGUGAUGCUGGCCUGCAGGCAAAGUCUGGGUCACGGUUGGGGGACAUGGGUGGUAAGGCCUCCCAACGUUCAGCUUCUGGUUCGGGGAAUGGGAGUGUGAACGCGGAACGGACUUUGGGUUCGAAGUCUGCGAGUUCCGGUGAAAGGGGUUUUUGCGGGGAGGGGGGGAAGCAAGUGGAGGAGGGUGAGAGGGCGAGUAUGAAUGGAGGAGACAGUGUGGCCAGAGAGGGGCCUGUACCCAGUCAAGUGGAUUGUCUGAUGGAUAGUGGUGGCGGUGGUGAUAGCACUGAUGUUAGUGAUUCGGGUUUGUCGUUGACUGGUGGUGUUGAUGUGCCUCGUGCUGUGGUUGCGAGUCAAACAAAGAAGGGCAGCACUUGUGAGAUCAGUGAGUUGCAGGAGUGA